AUGUCCUUUACCUACAAGUCAAUUAUCCUUGCCGCACGUCCGAAGGACCAUAUUGUCCCUGGUGAGACCUUCUCAGUGGUGGAAAACGUGGCGCCCUCAAUAAAGGACCUCAAAGAUGGGCAGGUUCUCUUUCAACCUCACUAUCUCAGUAUUGAUCCAGCAAUGCGUACCUGGCUCAAAGACGCUCGAUCUUAUAUUGAACCUGUCAAGGUCGGCGAGGUCAUGCGCGGCCUGGCAAUUGGAGUGGUCAAAGCAAGUAGAGACGCCAGAUUUCCUGUCGGUACUUACGCCUCAGGCAUGACAGGUUGGACCGAGUUGAAGGUCUGCAGCGUUGAUGACCUAGAGAGAUACGAGAUGCCGCCAGCAACAAAGUUGACCGACGGACUGGGUGUUCUAGGCGUCACCGGCUUAACAGCGUACUUUGGUCUUAUCAAAAUUGGAAAUGUGAAGCCAGGGGAUUUUGUUGUCGUUUCCGGUGCUGCAGGAGCUACAGGUAGUGUGGUUGGCCAGAUUGCCAAGCUGAAGGGUGCUACCGUCCUUGGAAUCGCAGGUAGUGAUGAGAAAUGCCGGUGGUUGAAAGACGACCUAGGAUAUGACGAGGCUCUGAACUACAAGGAUAUCAAUUUUCACUCCAAAUUCAGACUGGCAACGCGUAAUCUCAUAGAUAUAUACUUCGACAAUGUUGCGGGCGAAGUACUUGAUAUGGCCCUCGCAAGGGCAAAGCCUCAUGCCCGGUUUGUCAUGUGUGGUGGUAUCAGCCAACACAACUCUUCGAAUAUACGAGGACUCAAGAACUAUCUGGUGAUUGUCUCUAUGCGCAUCCGCAUGGAAGGGUUCAUCGUGGUAGACUUCAAAGAUGAAUAUCCGGAAGCUAUCAAGGACCUCACUCAAUGGCUACGCAAAGGCAAUAUCAAGCGCAAGGAAACAAUUAUCAAGGGUGGCUUGGAACGGGCGGAGAAGGCAUUGAUUGGAAUGUAUAAAGGAGAGAACACUGUCCCCUGGCAUCUACCAGUCUGGACUUGGCUGUUCGAUUCUGACUAUAGCGCCCUGAAAGGCCACGAUCCUGAUGGCACCCAAGGAUUUACUAAUGUCGCGACAAAAGAACACAUCAAUUUUGCUGAUCUCAAAGAUUAUUCCACCUACAUUUCCACCGCUCUAGUCAAAGUGUACGGCCUCCAAGAAGGACAGAAUGUCGCUCUCUUCAGCCCAAAUAGCGUCUGGUAUCCUGUUGCUAUGUUCUCCGUGCUGCGAGUGGGAGCUGUCGUCUCUGGCGCAUCGCCAGCAUACAACAUUGAAGAGAUGAUUUACGCUCUCAAGACUGCGGACGCAAAGUAUCUAUUCACUGUUCCAGAGAGUAUCCCAAUCGCUGAAGCUGCGGCUGCCGAGGUUGGGAUCCCACAACGACAUAUAUUCCUACUCGAAGGCAAAGUCGAGGGCCACGCCACCGUGGGAGAGUUGCUGGAGAUCGGAAAGUCUUACAAGCCUACCGGACAAGUCGAGCAGUUUCGGCUACCUUUGGGAAAGAAGAACAACGAUGUUUGCGGGUAUCUCUCUUUCAGCAGCGGCACAACUGGCCUACCAAAAGCUGUUAUGAUCGCACACUCAAACAUGAUCGCACAGUGUCUCCAACUUCAACAAAUCUCUUUCAAUAGAGCCAUCGUCGCCGCACUGCCACUAUUUCAUAUUACUGGCCUUGUCUACCAAAUGCAUUUACCGGUGCUUCUGAAUGCAAGAGUCUACAUGCUUCCAAAAUUCACAAUGGAUCUAUUACUUCAAACUGUACAAGACUAUCGCCUAUCGGAGAUUAUGCUGGUUCCACCUAUCUUGAUUCGCUUAGUCCGCGAUGAAAGUCUCCGAAAGAAGUACGACCUGAGUUCGAUAGAGACCAUCGCCUGCGGUGCGGCUCCCUUGUCAGCAGAAAUUAUCGAAAUGGUUCGACAAAGAUUUCCCGGAGUAGGCAUCAAGCAGGGAUAUGGAAUGACAGAGUCUUGCGCAUGUGUCACAGCCCAUCCACCAAAUAAAGGUGACCUAAAAUAUGCCCCUUAUGUUGGAACCAUCGUUGCAUCGACGGAACUCAAAAUUAUUGACCCGGACACCGGUAAAGAGUGUGGUUUCGAUCAGCCAGGCGAGAUCUGGGCGCGUGGUCCGCAAGUGGUAAUGGGGUACCUCAAUAAUCCGAAGGCGACGAAAGAGACCUUUGACGCAGAUGGGUUCCUUCAUACCGGUGAUAUCGGAUCGAUAAACAGUGAAGGGUUAUUGUCGAUCAGCGACAGAUUGAAGGAGAUGAUCAAGGUGAAAGGAAUUGGCGUGGCACCUGCCGAACUGGAGGAUCUCAUACACAGUCAUCCAGACGUUGCAGACGUUGCAGUUGUUGGGAUCCCAGAUGACUAUUCUGGCGAACGUCCAAAGGCUUAUGUCGUGCUGAAACCCUCAAAGCGAGAGGCGCCAAUCUUAGCAAGGGAGCUUAUUACGUUCAUCCAGGAGAGAAAGGUAAGACACAAGUGGCUUGCAGAGGUCGAGGUCAUCGAGGAAAUCCCGAGAAGUCCAGCAGGAAAAAUUCUCCGCCGAGCACUCAGAGAAGGGAGGAAUGCAACGACGAGGAGGGUUGUGGUUGUGCAAGCGAAAGGGGAAGCAAGGUUGUAG